AUGGGCUUCAUUGGCAUCUCGCUCAUCGUCGCCUCCGUCGUUUGGAUCUUUGUCCGCCCGCCAUCAUGGAUGCCAGAGCCGCUACAAAUACUCCUUCGCUGGAGAGGUGGUCCUCCCGCAAUAGCAGCUAAGGACGAGGCUGGAGCUGAACAUGAUGCCGAUCCCGGUCCCAGUAUCAUGGUGUCGGAUCACGAGGUGGAACCGGGCCCUCGACUCCGGGCUCGUCCGGCCGAUAACCGUACCACUCGAGACAACGACCAGCAUGUCAACCAGAGGAAGGCUACCACUACUGCGACCGGUGCCUCGUCUUCGCUGAAGACCGCCAAAAGCGAUGCGACGUUUAUGCCGCCACCACCUCUGCCCAAGAUUGCGCCUCCGACCCCCACCAUCGCCGAACCCGACGAACAAACAACCCCCAAGGCUGUCGCAUCCGAUCCUCCCUCUAUUCCCGUCCCCAGCUUCAGCCUCGAUAAUGCGCCGAGCUCUCACCCCGCCCCGCGUCGCAACCCCACAGCGCCGGGUCCCGCUCCUUCCCCGAACCUGUCCUCUAUGAUGCCCCCGCCUCCACAACCGGGACGUCUUCCACCUCCGACAUCAUCUGGCCUGUCGGCCGGUCGCCUGCCGUCGCUCUCACAGUUUCCUGCCGCAAACUCACCUCAACGAGCUCGCGGUCCCGUCCCGAAUCGAGGCCCUCCGACGUCAGGUGGCCUAGCACCACCACCUACACACUCCGCGAAGCCCAACAAACCCAAUCGCAAAGUCCUGCUGACCCCAGGGCACUCUCCCCUUGACUGGGCUCGCAUAUCUGGACCUAAUACCGACCUUCGGGGCGUUGAAUCUCAGACACCGUACUUGCGCGUGACUCCGUCCAUGUUGAAGCGCAUGACGGGUCGCAAGGGUAAAGAUGCGUGGAUGGCGCUUAAUGGCAAGGUGUAUAAUGUUUCGCCAUAUGCCGACUUUCACCCUGGCGGUGUUCCUGAACUGUUGCGUGGUGCUGGUCGUGAUGGCACUAAACUGUUCGGCGAGGUUCACCCUUGGGUCAACUAUGAGACUAUGUUGUCGGCAUGUCUAGUAGGUCUACUUGUUGAAGAAUCCGAAGGGACCGAGAGUAAGAUGGACCAGAUGGAUUAG